GAAAAAAGCAACUCGGGGUCCGGGGAAGCAUUCAGACGAGUCCCCGGUUUAUUUCAGGAGCGUUUGGAGCUUCGGUUUUAAUCCGACCGCGCUUUGUGGGCUGGUUGUGACCCGGAGACUGGACACGGAGAGCGACGCUGGGUUGUGUGGAUAGCGGUUUUAAAUAGACACGUUGUGGUGAGUGGGUGGUCGAGCUGGAAUCACUGUGGUCAUUUAGCUCUCUGGACUGAAUGUAGAGUUUGGUUUACAUGAUAUGGAAAGCCAAAGUUGCCACAGAGAACCAGAGUGAAGAGGUUCAUGUGUGUCAUGACUUAGACAGGUAUGUUAUGGAUGGCCAUAUAGCUCAUACACACGGUGCUGAGCUGCAACCAUAACUACAGUAAAGCUGGCAUAGCUACAGGUCAUUUGUCCAAGAGACGCCCACCUGUCCGUGGAAGCAUUUAGACGAGUCUUCGGUUUUAAUCUGACCGCGCUUUAUGGGCUGGUUGUGACCGGAGACUGGACACGGGUUGUGUGGAUAGCGGUUUUUAAAUAGACACGUUGUGGUGAGUGGGUGGUCGAGCUGGAAUCACUGUGGUCAAUGUAGUUUGUUUUACAUGAUAUGGAAAGCCAAAGUUGCCACAGAGAACCAGAGUGAAGGGGUUCGGUUGUCUGUCAUGACUUAGACAGGUAUGUUAUGGAUGGCCAUAUAGCUCAUACACACGGUGCUGAGCUUUAACCAUAACUACAGUAAAGCUGGCAUAGCUAGAGACGCCCACCUGUCGACAUUCAGAAUGCCAGGCCGUAGUGUAUUCGUGUCCUCUUUCGUGCGGCGCAUUUUGGUCAGGGUGUUAUAUUUGGCCUUUCCGGCAGAUUAACAAUCAGAGGUCGGCAAGAUGACCUAUUGUUAUAGGUUCUCACAGACAACCCAUGUCUUUUCAUUAAGCUUGGCCUUGGCCAGACUCUGAAGAUCACCAUCCAUGAUGAUUUAUGGAUUAAUACCGCCGGAGUUACACAAGCAACUCAUCGACCAGGAGAACUACCAGAACCGAACCAAUGGGGUAGAGGAGCUGAAGAGCAUCCUGCCCGACCUGGACUUCCGAACGCUUUCCGCAGACAGUAUUCUCGACUUCAUCCACUUUUUACACCGACUCCUGGACGACACCAACUUCAAAGUCUUGUACGGCACUUUACAGGUCCUCAAUCUGCUGGUCCAGAAACUGGACCGCAGCGCGGACCGAUUUUACAAGCACAUCGUCCAGCUGGCUCUCAAAACCCUGGGGGAUACGCGCACCGUCCCACGGAUCGAAUACAUGAGCGUCUUCCGGCAGCUCAUGAGGACGGUCGGGCCGCAGAAAGUCCUGGAACUCGUGACGGCCCACCUGAAGCACAAGAACUCCCGGGUGCGAGAGGACGUCCUGAACAUCGUCACGGCCGCCAUGCUCGCGCACCCCAGGAAGGACUUCAACGUCCCUCAUCUGUGUUUCCUGGUCGCUCCGUAUCUCGCCGACGGCAAGAAGAGGGUCCGACACGCGGCCCUGGAGCUCUUCGCCGUCUUCGAUUACUGCCUGGAUACAGGCAAAAAGCAGCCCAUCGUGAAGGCCGUGGACAGGGUGGAGCUCACCGGGGACGCCGAGGGCCUCAUGGCGGCCGUGCAGGCGCGAAGGGCCAGGCACAUCCUGCCUCGACUCUCUGCAGACGGGACUGUCGAGUACGCCCUGGUUAUCCCCAAGCCCGGACAGCGACGGACGCCUCAGUUCGGCUCCGGGGCCGACCUGGACUGGGUCCUCAACGGAGGGAGGGCGAACAGCGCCAAGAGUCAGAGGGCGGAGACGGACUCGGACGGACUGAGCACCUACGGCAGCGUGGGAUCCCUGACCGACGAGAUGCCGGCGCAGAGGAGGAUAGUGAGUGCCGGAAAGGGCAAAAACAAGCUGCCCUGGGAGAGGUCGAGUCUCCCGUGUGCAGGACGUCAGGAACCCUGCAGCGCAUCGAAUGGAAAGUUAUCUGAUAAGUCAAGCAUUGAUGACCACCCUACCUCCACGAGGCUCAAUCAGGAAACUCGUAUCACCAAGUCCGGGUUGGCAGAACCUCUUCACUCGUGUUCCCCCGGCCGGAGGAGAGAGGCGGCGGUCAGACUGCGCCGGAGCGGCAGCCUCGACUCGGACCCCGGCGUCUUCAAAGCGGCCUGCGCCGGCGACAGUGACAGAGGUUCGUCCAAACCGGGCCGUCUGCCGAGGUCGGGCAACUCCACCGUGGAGCGCACUUUUUCUCUCCCCUCCAACCCCACUCCGGGAUCCUUCCUCCUCCCCUCGUACCCACUCGCCACCCUGCCAGGGGUGCAGCUGACUCCCACGCUGUCUCGCAGACGCCACGCCGACUCCACGCUCUCUAUGUCUAACACGUGGCCCAACAAACGAGAGAUCAGCCCCAGACGCAGAGAGUCCAGCCCGUCCAGGGACAAGAACGGUGAGAUCGUCUCCAGCAGGUCUCUACUGCACACCUCUCGGACGAGCCUCGGCCCGCCCUCCUCUUUCACUCAGACUCUGAACGCGGUCAGGUCUUCUCCUCCCAUCUCCCCCAUCACUCAGGAUCAGAGGGACCAGCCUGGCAGGAAUCUCCACCUGGACCUGGCACUGAUGAGCAUGCAGGAUCCUGAAGAGGAGCCAGUGGACAAGGAGGAGAUGAUGAACUCGUUGCGCUCGUUGCGUAACAGCGCGGCUAAGAAGCGAGCCAUGGUGAGCAUGAGCGGCUCGGAGCCGGACCCCGACAGCCCGGACUCGGCGGUCAAGUUUGAGCCCAACUUAGACUCCUCUACUCACACGUCUCCCUCUGUGACGAGCCCUCUGAGCGAGAGCAGCCUGUCCAGCCUGUAUUCUCCUACCAUCAGCGGCACCAAGAACAGCCCUGGAAAUGCAGCAGACAAAACCCAUAUCGCUCGAGUUCCAUCGGAGAAAAAGAAAAGCCCUUGUUCUGCGGAGACGAGCCCUCAAGGCGUCCAGCAGCAGGAGAACCACGUGUCGGACGUGAGCGUGGUCGGACUGCGGGUUUCCUACUCUAACGGAGCAGCGGAAGAGAAGCAGAGGGACGGAGCGUCACCUCGUGGUGUCAGACCUGGUCGAGAACCUCUACGAGCUGUACGGCCUACAAAAGGAUCUCAGAUACAGAGCACCAGGUCGUCCACGGCCGCCGACAUGUCCGAGGGAGUAGUUGGCCGAGGGGUUUUCGGCUCUACGGUUCCUCCCGGUCGCCGCGGAGUAGCAGCGUCUCCGGAGCAGGAGUCGUCCCUGAACAAAUCAUCAGAGCUUCCAGCUGGGAUAUACGGCCACGCUGUGUCUGGCAACCAUCACGAUUCGGACAGUCCUGAGCCAGAGGAAGAGAGAACGGAGAGGGUAAAGCUCUCCAGAUUUGCGAGGGAUAAGAUGCGCCGACGCCGUUCAGAGGAUCGCGACCCCCAGCCUACGCCUCGAUUACGGCAGAGCUUCAGACACGUGACAGCUGAGCUGGCCUCAGAUGAAGCACCGUUGCUGAAAGAUCUGCAGCUGAACGGUAGCGUUCUGUCCUCAACCAAAGCUGAGACUCUGGCAUAUGAACCGCCGUCGAGCCCUAGGAGUUCCCGUCCACCCCAGAGUCCUCAGAAAUGCGGCAGUCCACAUCACCAGCCCAGCCCCCCUGCAGGACCCCCGAGCAGACACACGCUGCCCAGACGGAGGAGAGCCCCCAGUUUGAAUCGAGAUGAAUUGACCCCAGCUACCCCUAAGAAGGAUCCUCAGGAACAGCAAGAACCGAGGCCGUUCUCCAAACCUGAACUCGCCCUCACGCAGAGCUUCGGUCUGCUCAGCUCGGACGACUGGGAGAAGAAAAUCGAGGGUCUGGGGUUCAUGCGCAGUCUGGCCAGGUAUCACUCCGACGUCCUCGCCAGCCGCCUUCAUGAUGUCUGUCUGGCUCUCGUCCAAGAGGUUCGGAACCUGCGCUCGGGAGUGUCGCGGAUGGCAGUAGGGACGUUAGGAGAGCUGUACGCCGCCGUACAGAAGGGAAUGGACCAGGAGCUGGAGGCCACAGCCAAGGUCCUGCUGCAUAAAGCGGGCGACACCAAUGCUUUCAUCAGGCAGGACGUGGAUGCCGCGCUGGCCAGCAUGGUGCAGAACUGUAACCCCAUUCGCAGCAUGAACGCCCUCCUCACGGGAGGACUGGGUCACUUGAAUGCAGUAGUGAGAAAGUGCACCUCUCAGCACCUGGCCGCUCUGGUGGAGAAGAUCGGAGCUGGACGUGUUCUGUCCGGAGCUAAAGAUCUGACCGAUCGUAUCCUGCCUGCUGUCUGCAAGCUGGCCCGGGACUCCUCACAAGAAACCAGAUAUUUUGGCCGGCAGAUGUUGCUGUUCCUGUCAUCUCACCGUGACUUUGAUAAAAUGUUGGAAAGGUUCAUCCCUGCCAAAGACCUGCCAACCAUCAAGGAAACGGUCUUCACUUUUAAAACCAAGGGACUUGGUGAGAUGCCCCAGGACACUCCGUCAGCACGAGGUCGGCGCUCUAUGUCGGGGGGUGGGGUAGUUCGUGCCUCCUCUCUCACGCGUGAACCUCAGUUCGCCAGCAGCAGAGAGGGAUGUAAAGUCCACAGCAUUGCAGACAAGACCGAGUACGUCAAGCAGAUCAAAGCCUUGCUGGGUUCAAAAGACUUCAGGGAGCGCAUCAAAGGCAUCGAUCAGCUGGUGGCCGACUGCCAGGAAAACCCAUAUAUGGUCGUGGGCAACAUGUUCCCGGUGUUCGACGCUUUUAAAGAACGACUGCAGGAGUCGAACAGUAAAGUGAACCUUUACGCCUUGGAGGCCUUACAGAAGAUCAUCCCGUUACUCAGAGACAACCUGGCCCAGAUGGUCAAUAUUCUGAUCCCCGCUGUAGUGGACAAUCACCUCAACUCUAAAAAUAACGCCGUCUACACUGCCGCGACAGCCGCCAUCCACGCCCUGGUCAAACACCUCGACAACACUCUUCUCCUUCAGCCAUUUUGCACAAAGGCGCAGUUUCUCAGCGGGAAAGCGAAGGUGGACCUGGUUGAGAAGGUCGCAGAGCUGGUCAGGGAGCUGUACCCGCGUAAGCCGCAGCUAGUGGAGCAGAAAGUCCUUCCUCUGCUCUGGCACCUGCUGGGCACCUCCGGCAACAGCGGCACGGCGCACGGCAGGGGCGGCAGCAUGAGAGGAGCCACCUCCGACCUGUGCCAAGCGCUGCACUUCCACAUGGGCCCAACGCUGCUGGAUCAUGCCACCUCGCAAUCUACCAAUGUUCAUAAGAGCCUGAACGAGUUCCUGCAGCACCUUCCGACCCUCUGAGACCCCAAACCAAUACGUUACCCGUCGAACCGGCACUCGGAUCGUACUUGAAGACGUUUUUGGAGAUGUCUCUCAGUGCCUGCACUUUAGAACAACAGAAUCACACUUGUUACACUUUACACCGCUACAAAUCCUUAAUCUGGAACUUUUAAACUGAAAAAGCACAGCAUAUUAUACAUCAGGUUAAAGACUUUGGCACUUUGUAGUAGUAGUAACUCUAUCAUGAUGAGUUUUGUCAUUUUGAUUUUAGAUCUGUGUUGUUCGGAUUGUUGCUGUUACUUUUUUUUCUGUGUUUAUUUUAACAUACACAGCCAAAAGUAUGUGGACACCCCCUAAUAAACUAGUCAUAUCUGGUUUGGUGUGGAGGCCUGGACAAACUCCUGACCUCAAUCUAACUUAACAGAUUUGGGAUGAAUUAGAAUGUUGAUUGCAAGCCGGCAUGAGUUGCUGACCUCACAAAUGCACUUUUGACAGACCAAAUUCCCAUAGAAACAACAGCUCAGACUCCACAUUAAUGCUCAUGGUUUUGGAUCGGGAUGUCCACAUACUUAAGGCCACAGAAUGUAUUUUGAUGUAACAGUAAGGAAUGAAAUAUUUAAACGCAUAAGGAACAGCGUGUACGACCCACUUUUCGUCGUUUGGUACCCAUAACAUGACGUACACGACUACUUUUGUACUGUACAGCUAUGACGUGUGAUGGUACAGUGUUAGCUUCAUGUAUACAGUUGCAGUGUACAAAAAUCUGUGGACACCCCUCCUGAUUGUUGAGUUCAGGCGUUUUAGCCACAUUGUAAGUAUACAAUCACUUACAGGUUCAUGAAGGUUUGUCUGGAGGACAUCCAAUGGCCUGCACAGAGCCUUUACCUCAACUAUAUUCAACGCCUCAUGCUUGCUGGCUCAAAUGUCUAAGAUCAGUGUUCAAAUCUCAGUGUGCUCUCAACUGUGUUAUCAACCAGCCAGGCGCUUACACAGACAUGUUUUGAUUAUUUAAUGCUGCUGCAAUUGCGGCCUCUGCUGGUUAGUUAAAGACAUCUGCAAAUAGAUGGUAAAUAACGGAGAGCAGUGCCUGAUUGUUUGUAUGUGUUACAGCUCUUUCCUUUGGUGAAUAAGAUACAACCAGGUAAUUGGAUAUGACUCGAUUGGAGGAAAAAAAACCUAUAUUAAACACAGUCAAGAUGAAUUUGCAUGUUGAUUGCUAGCCACUCUCACUCAACAUCAGUGCCUUUCUUUGCGUUUUCUUCCUGCCAAUUCCCUACUACAAUUUCUCUGCCACUCGCGCCACCCCCGCUGGUCAAGAAGGGUCAUAGACUAGCACCAGCUCCCUUUGACGCUUGUGUAGUCAUUGGUAUUGCUCCCUCAACUAGACAGCAGAAGUUGCUGUUGAGGUGGCAAUGAGUAGAACCCCUAUCAGACCAUCUUUCCUUCAGACAAAGCCUAUUGUGACUCUUGGGAACCCAACCAGUCCUACACCACUGAGACCACAAAGGCUGUUUUGAAUUAUAUCUGAAUUCCCACAGAUACAGUCUAAAAUGUUGUGAAAAGCCUUCCUGGAAGAGUGGAAGCCAUCACAGCUGCAAAGAGCAGAGGAAACGUCCAGCAAACUCAAGACUCAUGAUCAGGUGUCCACAUACUUUUGGGAUCAACUGUAUAUAAUGGUGCAUGCGUGCAAUGUUCUGUCCGUGCAUUGUUCAAUUCCUGAUUGAUUAUGGACUUUGUUAUAAGUGGGACUUGUCAUUUGCAUGAACAGAUCUAACGGUAAAGUGGGGGUGGGGGUUUUUUUGUAGUACAAAGUCGAUAUAUUUUCACGUACGCAGAUGCCUAAGUAAACUCUGGAUGUAAAACAGCUCUAUUUUUGGUGAAACGUUUAAGAAAAGUUAGCUUUGGAUGAACAGGUAUGUACUUGUAUCUACGCAGGAAUCCGUGCCCAGACGUGUAAUUCAGUAUAGUGCCAGUCUUGAAUAGGCUUUUCAGAGAUGUAAUGUUUAUUUAUAUGGAGGUGUAAGAGAUUAAUCUAUAUAAUAAAAUGUUUUAUUUCAGUAA